AUGCUCUUCUCCUCCCUCUGUCACUCUCUCAGCCUCUUCCCGACGCUCGGCUUCGGCGGCGACUCUCGCCGCUUCCUCCAUCUCACCUUUCGACCACCUUCUCGGCCUCAGCAGCGGCCGUCGCUUCAUCCACCACCGUCCUUCCUGCGACGCUCCGCCGCAUCCGCUUGGAUGGCUCCACCAAGAAGCCUCUCCGGACGAGCGGAGGAUCGCGUCCGACGCGCAAUCGAGGCAAUGCCUUUCCCUUUCUGUCUUUGGUUCAUCUCAAUUGAAUGA